UAUAUUUCAUUUUAUUUUUUUUCCCUGAGAAAUAAAUUAAAAGUAUUUUUCCACAAACAAAAUCUUAAGGAAUUUGACGCGCUACAUCAUCGAGUAAAAAUGAAGUAAUAAUCUAUCCGAACUCCAAUAACAACAAUUCCACGCUCCUCUCUGUCUCCAGCGACUAGCCACCAUCGUCAACAGCAAAUCCACUGGAUUAGUAUCUUACAUUAUUCUGGUUUCUAAACCAGAAAUCUUAUUUCUAACCACUAUGGCCCAAACAAUCAAUUACAACCAAAGUUUCUUAAUCCGAUCGACCCUCAUACUCAUAAUUCUAACACUCUUCUCACAAACAACGCAACAAAUACCUGAGGAUGCAGUCACUCGUUUUCAACAAUACCUUAGAAUAAACACAGCCCAUCCAAAUCCAGACUACUCUACUGCGGUUUCCUUUCUCAAUGACUUGGCCAAAUCCAUUCCUAACCUCCAAACCCAAACCAUUUACCUAACUACACCACAGAAACCUCUUCUUCUCGUCACUUUCCCUGGCUUAAAUCCAUCACUUCCAUCUAUACUCUUUAACUCCCACCUUGAUUCCGUCCCUGCUGAACCCUCAAAGUGGUUCCAUCCUCCCUUUUCUGCUGUCAAAACUGACGAUGGGAAGAUCUUUGCCCGUGGUGCCCAGGAUGACAAAUGCAUUGCUAUCCAGUACCUAGAAGCCAUCAGAAACAUCAUUUUAAGAGACCCCGACUUCAAACCAAUGCGAACAAUCCAUAUUUGUUAUGUCCCCGAGGAGGAAAUUGGUGGGUUCGAUGGGAUGGCUAAGUUUGUGAAAGCAAAGGAGUUUGAAGAACUCAACGUUGGGUUUUUUCUAGAUGAGGGGCAGGCUUCGACUAAUGAUCAAUAUCGGGUUUUUUAUGCAGAUAGAUCUCCUUUGAAUCUUAUUAUCAAAGCUGUUGGUAUGCCAGGACACGGUUCAAGGAUGUUUGAUAAUAGUGCCAUGGAGAAUCUGAUGAAGAGUGCCGAGGUUGUGUCCAAGUUUAGAGAAACUCAGUUUGACUUGGUUAAGGCCGGUGUGUUGGCAAACUCUGAGGUUUGUUCAGCAAACCUGGUUUAUAUGAAAGCAGGAAUUCCUUCCGGAGACGGGAACUUUGUAAUGAACAUGCAACCUUCCGAGGCAGAAGCAGGUUAUGACAUUCGGUUACCACCAACUGCUGAUCCGGAUGUGCUAAAGAAACGCAUAGCUGAUGAAUGGGCACCUGCAACACGGAACAUGAGCUAUCACAUUAUUGAGAAGGGGCCACUUAGAGAUUAUAUGGGGCGACCUCUAAUGACAUCUCCAAAUGAUUCAAAUCCAUGGUGGACCGUUUUUAAAGAUGCUCUCAAAGCUUGUGGCAGGGAACUCUCAAAACCAGAGAUAUUGGCUUCAACUACAGAUGCUAGAUAUCUGCGACAUCUUGGUAUUCCUGCGUUUGGUUUUUCUCCUAUGAGGAACACCCCAAUCUUACUCCACGAUCAUAACGAGUUUUUGAAGGAUGCAGUUUUCUUGGAAGGAAUUAAAGUGUAUGAAUCCAUCAUCAUGGCUUUGAGUUCCUUUGAGGGGGCAACACCUGGCUACAGACACAAGAUUGAAUAAUGGACCAUGAUUAUCUUAGUUAUCUAAACAAGUCAACAUAAAUGUCAUUUUGCCUGGAUUGUAUUUGUUUAUAAUUUCUUGUUUAUAUUGGUCUCAUUGCUGUACGAUGUGAAAUGAAUACAUGAAUAUACACAUAUUUGCACAA